AUGCUAUCCUCCACCGUCCGCUCAAUUAAAUCCACCACCGCGACACAAGUCCUCCGUCACAGCGACACCAGUCCGGUGAAGAUAGAGAAGGUGACGUCAAUCAACUGGACUGACUUGGUGUCACUGUCGCGGCUGUUGUCGUCUGCCGUUGUUGUCAUCGGCUGCGGCGAUGUGGUCCUAGAAGGCUGGCGGCGGUGGGGGCGGCUUGAUGUGGAUUCUGGCCGGCGGGGAGUUGGCAAUGGUGAGAAUUGGGAGAUUUUUAAGGGCGGCGGUAGGGAGCGGCUGGAAUGUGACCGGAUCUGGUUGUGUAUUGGAGGGGCAUUUGGGCGCAGCCUCCGCGGGCAGCGACGGAGGCUGAUAUUUUUUCCAUUGCUUCGCGUCGGAUCUGAAUUAAGAGAAUGGGAGGCUGUGAAAACAGAGCACGACAGUAUCGCCGACGAGACUGGUGGGAGGCGUGAAGCGGGCGGCGGGGUUACCGGCGGGCGGACUGGCAACACCCGUAUUUUCACCGUGACGGCGACUGACGGGCGGUGGCGACGGCUAACGUGCGGUGGUGGAUUGACGGUAGGCGGGCCUUUUCUGUGGGUGUGA